AUGGGCGCUAACGCGGACAAUGCAAGCAAUUUCUGCCCACUGGCGCUCGGGUCGUGGAGGUAUAACACGGAUCAGAAGCAACCUGUUUGGGAUGAUGGUACCCCGAUUGACUACACGAAUUGGGAUGAUGGCCAACCGACGGGCGACGUAGCAGCAAAACAAUGUAUCGUGAUGCACACGAAACUGUCGAUCGGAUAUCAAGGCAGCGGCGGAAAGUACUAUGUCGGGAAAUGGUUCAACGAAGAUUGCCACGUAAACAACGGAUACUGUGCGGGAAUUUGUAAAAUUCCGAAUGACGGCGCCAACACAAAUGACUUUUCGAAGGGACCGGAUGGCACGCCGACCACAGCGCUUUUAGAGUGGAAGUCCGACGCCGACAGCCGCUGCGCCCUCGAAGGAUCCAAGCAAGUAACAACCGGACAACGGACCAAAGAGUUC